AUGUCAAACAUAAGUUCUCAUUUCCAGAACAGCCCCGAUGCUGAAGGAUAUUUUGGUCGAUUUGGCGGCAACCACUAUCCCGAAGAACUUCGAUCCGCGCUUCUGGAAUUGACCAACAGCUAUCAGGAGCUUCGUCAAUCAUCGGAAUUCCAGAGUACCCUGAAUAAGGUACGGGUCGGACUUCAAGGGCGGCCGACACCAAUACAGCACCUCGAAAAUCUCUCAAACCAAGUCGGGGGCGCUCAAAUCUUCAUCAAAAGGGAGGACUUGAAUCAUACAGGCGCACACAAGAUCAACCACUGUGUUGGCUUCGCACUACUCGCCAAACGAAUGGGCAAGAAGAAACUAAUUGCCGAGACGGGAGCCGGCCAGCAUGGCGUCGCACUUGCAACCGCAGCAGCCUAUUUUGGCCUCGAAUGCGAAGUGCACAUGGGAGAAGUUGACAUUGGCAAACAAAGCUCUAAUGUUGGAAAGAUGCAGCUACUCGGGGCACGCGUGGUGUCAGUAGCGACUGGCCAGUCUGCUCUAAAAGACGCCAGUGAUUCUGCAUUCAACGCGUACGUCGAGCAGCACGGACACGCGCUUUAUGCCAUCGGCUCGGCUAUUGGUCCACACCCCUUCCCAAUGAUUGUUCGAGACUUCCAGGGUGUAGUUGGUCAAGAAGCGCGCGAGCAAUUUAUUUCCAUGAAUGGAAGCUUACCUGAGCAUGUGGUUGCCUGCGUUGCUGGCGGUUCCAAUGCGAUGGGUAUAUACACGGGCUUUAUUGACGAUCCGGUUGUUCUACAUGCAGUGGAGCCUCUUGGAAGAUCUGAUGAGCUAGGUCAACACGCGGCAACGCUAUCAUAUGGAAGACCGGGUACAUUGCAUGGUGCUCGAUCGAUUGUGCUUCAGCAGGAUGAUGGUACCCUUGCCAGUGUCUCAUCUGUAGCAUCAGGUCUCGCAUACCCUGGCGUUGGCCCGGAGAUUGCGAUGCUUCAUGAAGCCGGUCGGCUAUCAAUCGCUGGAAUUUCGGACGAGGAAGCUGUCAAUGCGUUCUUCCGGAUGGCAAAAUUCGAGGGUAUCAUUCCUGCGUUGGAAAGCGCACACGCAUUGGCCUUUGCGAUCCGAUUGGCGUCGCAGCGGCCUUCAUCCGAACGAAUACUGGUCAAUCUCUCAGGGCGUGGUGACAAGGACGUUGAUUACGUGCUUGCGAACUACACCUGGGCAGGCUAG